CUUAUUGUUGGAGUGACGACAGAAGGACAAGAGAGACGGAGACUUGUACAGCUGUCUUUCAUCUACCAAGGACAAACACAUCUUUUUGGCACAGUUGAUUUGCUUGAGGAUUUCUACAGAACAACUCUGGAGUAUUGCAAAUUUGCUUUUAUUUAUUGAACUGACUUGGCUAACGUAAAUAUAACGUUAACGUUAUUGAAAACUUGCAUUUGCACUUUGGACAAAGAACGUUAGCUUGCAGUAGCACUCUGUGUUAUUUAAGCAUUUGUACACGAUUAUUAGCUAAGUAUUUUAAGUGUAUAUUUAAUCUAUGCAGUUUGCACACAUUGAAUUUGUUGGAAAACAAUUCUACCGACUGCAAUUACCUCUACUAAGCUUAGUUUACAAUUAACGUUGACGUAACGUUUGCCAAAGUAGCUUGGCUAGCUUGCUAACUGACUUCUUAAUAGCAAAAUUGAAAUCUUGCGCAAAACACUACUAAACGUAGUUUAUUUGCUGUCAUCAAAGCAUUUAAUUUAACAUUUUACGAACGUACAAACGCAUUCGCACUGAAGAUGAUACGGAUACCCAAAGGAGUCUCUCCUGCAUCGGGCAGAGGGGCAGUGGGCAUUCAGUGCCAGCAGAAGAAAGUUUUGCCCGCAGUUAAAUCCGAUUUUUUCGGUUCGGGGAUAUCAAGUCCAUUGAUGAACUCGGUGCCGGCGGGAUAUUUCACCCAGAUCUGCAACACGACAGCUGCGGAACAGAGAGCUAACUGCUUGUACGCAACCCCCCAUGGCCCCCAAGCUAAACCCGUCAGAGUAUCCUCCGGCAGACUCCCGGCCAAGCGGAAGCUGGACCUCGAAGAUCCUUUGUACCUUCCAGGCUUCCGUACCCCGAAGGGGAAAGGAAACGUGGCCGCUGCACGUCUCCCGAGUCCUAAAACUCCCAAGUCCCCUGGAGAACGGACCCGGUACGACACGUCCCUGGGCUUGCUCACCAAGAAGUUUGUGGGUCUCCUCAGCGAGUCGGCCGAUGGCGUCCUGGACCUCAACUGGGCCACUGAGGUUCUGGAAGUCCAGAAGCGUCGGAUCUACGACAUCACAAACGUUCUCGAGGGGGUCCAGCUCAUCCGCAAAAAGUCCAAGAACAACAUCCAGUGGCUGGUUGGGGGUGUGUUUGAGGGCUCUGCUGGCGGAGAGAAGACGCGCUCCUUGCGGAGGGAACUGAGCACGCUCGAGCGGGAGGAGAAGAUUCUGGACGAGCUGAUCCAGUCCAGCACCAACCAGCUCCGUGAGCUGACCGAGGACAAGGACAACCAGAGGUUAGGCUACUUGACCUAUCAGGACAUCCGAUCCAUCGGCAGUUGGCGGGACCAGACGGUCAUUGCGGUGAAAGCGCCGACAGAAACCAAACUGGACCUGCCAGAACCCUCAGAGGGCUCUCUGCAGAUCUACCUGAAGAGUAAGAACGGGCCCAUCGAGGUGUACCUGUGCCCAGAGGAGCUCCUGGAGGACGCCAGCCCAGUGAAGAGCGCCACCCCCAGGAAGGACCUGCCACUGCAGGGCAUCGUGCCCGCCAUGGGCACCACCACGCCACUGCCCUCUCAGAUGCCCGUCAAACAGGAGCCAAUCACAGACCUCCCCAAGCCCCAGACCCCCGGUGCAGCCCCCAGCAGCAGCAGCAGCAGCGUUGGCUCGUCCCUGCUGGACGUGGAGGGGAUCCUGGGCCUGCCGCCGUGCCUGCUGCAGAUGACCGAGGACCAGCUCCCCUGCGCCACCUUCGUCCCCGACCCCUCGGUCCCGUUCGUCAGCCUCUCGCCCCCGCUCGACCACGACGACUACCUGUGGGGGCUGGACGAGGGCGACGGCGUCACGGACUUCUUUGACACGUACGACUUGGGAGACCUGCUCAGGAGCUGAAGGCGGUGUGGAGGGAGUGGGCAGAGAGAGAGGGUGUGAGAAGAGCGCCCUCCACUGGUCAGCAAGGGGAGGAGCACUGCUAUACAAUGAAGCCAUGAUUUCUUGCUUUUAGCCAUAAGUAACUAGAGAUAGUGGAUGUUAAUUUUAUUGGAUAUUGAUUAAUGGAUUGGAUUUUGUGUUUAGAGUUAUGUUUUGCAAUUAUUUUUUUUAGUUUGUAAAGAUUUUAAGAAAUUGUAAAUUGAUUUUUUAGAGUCUAAUUUGUACAUUUGUAUUUUACUUCGGUCACAUUUCAGCCUCUGCAGGCUGACCUAUGGAGAGUGUGCUGAAGUGAGUAGAGCUGGUGGGCAUUUGUGUGAAGGAGGGAGGGAGGGGUUCACAGUCUCAGGAAAUGUCUCGAGUCUCUCCAAAGCUAGGCAUCUGUACAACUCUCUACCAGCAGGUGGCAGCAGAGGCUUUUUUUAUUUAAAAGUUAGUCAAGCUUUACACUCUGUGAGAUCACCAAACAAAGUGCUUGUUUUUGCGACGUGCACAGCUAAUGUGAUGUCACGUUUCAGCCAGGGAAGGUCUCCGGUGAUCUGAAAUGGAACCCCCAUGUUCUGUUCUGGGGAACCUGGCACCAGGUGUUCUAAGAGGAGGUUCUAACGGGAGGAACCCGGAUCCUCUGUGGGUCCAGACCAGGCUGCAGUGACUGUAUGCUGGUGGCCUUGCCAGGCUGAGCCCAGAGCUACUGGCUCUUGUAUAAUAAUGUGUAGUCCGACCAGCGCAGGCAUCCGGCAGCGUUCAGCUUUAUGAAACUGGCAGCUAGAUUUCCAUGUUAAGCUUGUUGGCAUGUUUUGUUUGCUACCAGCAGACAUUGUAGGAGUCUCUAGUAUUGAGUUACCUUUUUCUGGCAUUGGCAUAGAAGCCACCAUAAACUUGAGGAUUUUUUUUUUUUUUUUUUUCCAUUUGUUUGGAAAUGUUUUAAAGCUCGGAGGCCUUUAUCCCAUUGAGAAUUGAACACUGCUCAUGAGGUUGCUAAGAACCUCUCCUGACAGGACAUUUAAGUUUUUAACUGUUUUUGUGAUUUCUUGAUCUUCCUCAAAUUGGAAAAGUCACUCACAAGACUUAUUGUUGUCCGUAUGUGAUCAAUGAUGGAUUGUAAAACACUGUGUCCAGUAAAUGUGAAUGGCCAGUAUGGAGUGUGUAUAUGGGUCAGUGGAUCCAGAUCAGUACUUUUAGCCCAAGUCCUCACUAAGACCACCAAAACCUCAAGCGUUCAGUUCAGGGUUUACGUCUUCCACUGGAUCAGAAUAGUGAUCCAGGAAAUUGUCCUGUCCUAUCAAACUUGAAAAGUGUGAGUGUGUGUGUGCGCGUGUGUGUGUGUGUGCAUGCGUGAGUGUAACUGUGUGUGUGUGUACCUGUGUGCACGCGUGCGUAUGCGUGCGUGUGUUUGUGCCUGCAUGUGUGUGUGUGUGUA